AUGGAAAGUUAUUUAUCCAAAUGCAUUUUAUUCUUCGGAUUAAAUUAUUUGGAAAAUAUAAACAAUUCGUUAGAUAAAAAGAAAUAUCUUCUUUUUAAUAGUUUAUUAAAAAGUUCUAAAGUCCGUAUAACAAAUUUUAUGUUGGUCAUAAGUUUAUAUGAUGACUUAGAUUUUAAAUGCCAUUUUAGGCUCACCAGGAAUUCAGUUGAGGUGUUGAUGUGCAAGAUGAAACCUUAUUAUAUUCGACACACUAAUGUUGGAAGACCUGUAGUUGACUUCAAAAAAGCAACCUUAAUGACAAUUUGGUAUUUAAGUAAUACAGAAACAUUUCGGCAAAUUGGUGAUCGUUUUGGUUUGAAUAGAGGUCAUGCUUGUCGAACAAUUCAUAAGUAUUUACAAUCUCUUUCAAUCCUUCUUGAUGAUUUUAUUAUAUGGCCAAAAGGAAUCUCUGAAACAAUUACUGUACAAGAAUUUAAAAAUUUAAGACUUAAUCAUAUGCCUAAUACAAUAGGCUGUAUUGACGGUUGUCAUAUUCGUAUACACUCUCCAAAAUACAAAAGAAGUGAAUAUACUAACCGCAAGAUGUUCCAGUCAAUUGUUCUAUUGGCUGUAUGCAAUGCUAACUUAGAAUUUACAUACAUAUUUUCUGGUUGGCCUGGAAGCUCACAUGAUGCUAGAGUCUUCAAAAACUCUUCAUUGGGAGACACUCUAUUAAAUAAUCCACAAGAAAUAGUAACUAAAGAUGUUCAUUUACUUGGUGAUUUGGCAUUCCCUUUACUUGAAAGUCUCAUUGUUCCCUAUAAAGCUGUUCAUAUUCUAUCAGAAAAAGAGAAACUUUUCAAUAAAAGAUUAAGUUCAACUCGUGUAGUAAUUGAGCAAGCUUUUGGCUUAUUACUAGGCCGUUUUCGUAGACUUAAGUCAUUAGAAGCCAAAUCAAUCAGAUUAAUGAGCUUGGCAGUCACAGGCGCUUGUAUACUACAUAAUCUAGUUUUGAAAAACAAUGACCUAAUGGAAAUCGAUACAAAUACUGAACAUCUCAAUCUAGAUCAUUUAAUCGAAGAGACAGAAACAAACUAAGAAUUUACUGUACCUAUAGCGCUCAAU